UUUUAAAUCCGAAUUCUGCUGUGUGCAGCUUAAUCGAAGGGCCUAAAACAGCGUCUCUCACUGCAUUUCAUUGUGUCAGAAGCAAGAAAACUUGGGGAUUUCUCUACUUUUACCUGGCGGAGGCAAGAAAAAUGGAGAACGGAGACUACAAAGACGUCCCAGAAAAUGCAAAUGAACAUUGUCCAGGGACCCAAUCGGAGUCAGCGGGAAAAUCUGAUGCAUGUAAAGGAUGCCCUAAUCAAGAAGCCUGUGCUACUGCUCCUAAAGGCCCCGACCCAGAUUUGGUUACCAUAGUAGAGCGAAUGGCUACUGUAAAGCACAAGAUACUGGUUUUAUCUGGCAAGGGUGGUGUGGGCAAGAGUACAUUCUCAGCUCAACUUUCUUAUUCACUAGCAGCUAUGGAUUUUCAAGUGGGUCUACUUGAUAUAGAUAUUUGUGGACCAAGCAUCCCAAAGAUGCUUGGCCUUGAAGGACAAGAGAUUCACCAAAGUAAUCUUGGAUGGUCUCCUGUUUAUGUUGAGUCUAACCUUGGGGUCAUGUCAAUUGGAUUUAUGCUUCCCAACCCAGAUGAGGCCGUCAUAUGGAGAGGUCCCCGCAAGAAUGGCCUAAUCAAGCAGUUCUUAAAGGACGUUUAUUGGGGGGAGCUUGAUUUUCUUGUGAUUGAUGCUCCACCUGGAACCUCGGAUGAGCACAUCUCAAUUGUUCAAUUUCUUCAAGCGACUGGAAUAGAUGGUGCUAUUGUAGUCACUACUCCACAACAGGUAUCUCUAAUAGACGUC